GACUCUACCUAUGAAAAGUCCCCGUCAGUUUGCGGGCUGCUGCUUCAGUCUGCGGCUGGGCCAGCCGGAGCCAAGGAGCAUCUUGCAGAGGAUGCUCUUGAAGCUGUCACCAGCAGGGCUGUGAGCUCUCCACUGCGCUCAGAGAUGCAGCUGAUGGAAGUGGCGCCAGUGCGCUCAGGCUCAGAUGUCAAACACUACACAGGUAGACUGAUGCACCACAGAGACUUUUUUGAAUCAGUCCGAAACGUCCUCGAUGAUUGUGAGUAUUUCGGUUUAUACUCCUUAAUAUUAUAGAAUUAGAUAAAGAAUUCGAUUCGGUUGAUUUAGAUCAAUACGUUUCGAUUGGCCCUUGGUGGGAUGCUGUGAUUGGCCCUUGUGUGAAUAAUACUGAGAUUAAGCACUUAACAUUCUGAUGUUCAAUGUUUUAAAAUUGCUUGGCGCAUUAAAAGUAAGGUAUGUUUUCCUACAUCUUAAAAUGUAUAAUUAGGUCUACAUACAAAAAAUAGAUUUUUACCGAAACGACGCAGUGUUGCUAUGUAUGAAACUUUAAUGUCGGUCAUUUGGCAGCAUUAAUCUGGACCCACAUAAAAUAUUAACACUUUAGUGCAUCUUUCUGUUAAUUAAUCACCACAAACCAGAAGAAAAUCGAUAGUUUGUUUUAUGUUUAUGCGUAAACUAUACUGCAUAUUCUUCGCCCGUUUUAUUUGGUUUAAAAAUGAUUAAUGCAUAGAAAAUAAAAUGAAUAAUUGAUACAAAAGUUAAUACUAGGACAAUAUGCGCUGGAUCAUUGUAUCUCAACAAAUUAAUUGGAAUGAUAAAUUAAUUCUGCCAUACAGAUAACAUAAAACAUACUGUUUCAAAUAAACAAAAAUAAGAAUCACUUGAUUUGAAAACGGACAUUUCAUACUUCGAAUAUAGAACAACAUUUACAAGUUUUUUCCUUCCCUCCUUUACAGUUUGUUAUACUGUAAUAUGGCCAGAUUUUCUCAAUAAACACAAUCAGACAAAUACGUGUAUCACUUUAUUAAUACCCAGAUCAAAUGUUAUAUCUUUCAUUGUAUAUAUAUAUAUAUAUAUAUAUAAAAAAAUCGUAUGUCUCUCAGUAUACAUUUCUGUCAAAUAUUUAACAAAGAAAUGUAGACAAAUUCCUUGUUAAAUAAUAAGUCUAACAAGAGUUAUUACACAUUAAAAUUACACAGCCUCGAAAUUAUUGCCCCCUUUUCCCAGGACAAGUAUCGAAAUAUCUUAAAGACAAAAUAUCUCCGCAUAGACACCAUAGCCAAAAGUUAAUAAUAACCGAAUUUGUCAUUUUUGUUGAGUUUGUCGUUUGGUUUAAUAAAUCUUCCCUGCUAGUUCCCUCGUGGUGAAAAGGGAAUUCCAGUGAAUUGCAUUGAACAGACUCGUCGUGGUUUCUUUAGCCAAUUGGGUCCCUGAGCCCUGAAUUGGAGGCUUAAUUUUACCCAGCCUCUUUGGCAUUUUGAUUGAUGUUCCCGUUGCUUCAUCCGGCAGGCUAUAGCUAUAAGGGUAAAGGGAGGCAGUAAAAAAGACAAUCGUCAGUAGUUCGGCCAUUCUCACACAUACUCAUGCAGUCAACGCUAUAAGAUAACGACAAGUCAGGACUAAACUGCGUUUUAGUUUUUGUAUGAUAACGUGGGUGACGUGGAGGAGCGCGCGGCUCUCUUCACCAUGGAUCAUAUGGGAGCGCAUCAUCACCAGACACACGCAGACACCAUCAGUUUUGGGAUAGAUCAGAUUCUUAACAAUGCAGACCAGGGGAGCUGCAUGAUCUCCAACCCCAGGAUGCAGGACUUGGACUACGGCUUGGGGUGCAUCGUCAGCACAGCCUACAAUACCAUGACUGGUAACUACAAUGUCAACAACUCGACUGGAUACAAUGGAAACUCGUGCAGCGGUGGCUCCCUCGGCGGCUCGUACAACAUGAACUUGGGCACGAAUAUUAAUGGGAACUGCCUUAAUUCUUCAGGAGUGAUCCGGGUUCCAGCUCACCGGCCGAUGAGUUCCGUUCACUCAUCAAUUCCCACCAGUUGUGCCACCGUGCCAAGUAUGGGAGGCAUGGGUACCAUUAACAAUCUCACAGGAUUAACGUUUCCAUGGAUGGAGAGUAACAGGAGAUAUACCAAAGAGAGAUUUACAGUGGCCCUCUCACCGUUCACUGUAACACGCCGUAUAGGUCAUCCGUACCAGAACCGAACCCCUCCGAAGAAGAAGAAGCCCAGGACGUCAUUCACGCGCCUUCAGAUCUGUGAGCUGGAGAAGCGCUUUCAUCGUCAGAAGUAUCUGGCCUCAGCGGAGAGAGCAGCCUUAGCGAAAGCACUUAAAAUGACUGAUGCGCAGGUCAAAACAUGGUUCCAGAACAGAAGAACCAAAUGGAGGAGGCAGACGGCAGAGGAAAGAGAAGCCGAACGGCAGCAAGCGAACCGAAUCCUUAUGCAACUUCAACAAGAAGCUUUUCAAAAGACUAUAAACCAACCUGUUACUCCAGAUCCAAUCUGUCUACACAACAGCUCUCUAUACGCACUUCAGAGCCUCCAGCCCUGGACUGAGAACACGGCGAAAAUCAGCAGCGUUCCUAACAGCGAUUAAGAUUUUUAUGGAUUUGCGAUGGACAGAAGACUGGUCAUAAUGACAUUGACUUUUCUUUUGAAAAUAACAUUUUAAAACGUGUGCAACUGAGCGGAGGUUAAUAAUGCAACAGUAGUAUUUUAUUUGUAAAAACACAAGAACUAUAAAGGAGCAUUGAUGUUCCUACCGACAAAUUUCAAUUUUUCAACGAUCACAAUGUAAGCUUAUAGCAUAUCAUAUUUAUUAUAUUAACAUUUCUGUGUAUCUCCAACAUUUUAUAUUCAUUAUAGUUUCUAAAGCCAACUGUUUGUGGUUACACUUUAAAACAACUUUACACACAGCAUUCACAAAUAUUCUGAACCAUAACCAUAAGCCUGAAACGGUUGUAGGUAUAAUAUUGUAGGGUGAUCACAGGCUUUCACUAAAGCUUCGUAACGUACAAAGUCAAUUUGUAAGUGCAUUAUAAGGCCUUAAGUAGGACAAGCUAAAAAUCAGCUAUUGGCCUGACUACACUUAAUAGUGAUGCCUGUAACAUUUUUUGCGUACCAUGCGAUCAUUGAUCAAUUGCCUACAAUUUUAUUUAUCUGAUAAUAAUGUGGUAACAUAUAUCUGAAAAUAAUGUGGAUAAAUAUCAACAUAAAUAAAAAAACGAUUAACAUUGUUACAAGAUUUUACGCGCAUCAAGUCUUCCUCCCACGUCACCUGACUCCUCAUUCUGGUCGUCUCUGACAUUAAGAGCGUUCUCACACUGCAUUUCUUACAGUGAGCUAUAAUUAAUAUCUCUGUCAUUGCCAGCAUGGAGAAUGAAAAGAUACUUUCUCAUUGACACUGAGUGAGACUGUCUCCACAGGACCCUAUAAGCAUGUGCCUCUUGCCCAGCAAAUUAAUUACACAAAAGUCAUGUCUUUAUGGGCCAUUUAACUUUUACAUCUGCGAAAGUGUUAGCCUAUUACAAUCAGGUGGGUUAUAAUUUUGUUAAAAAGACCAUUAUGAAAAUAUCAUAAGUUAACUGCAUGAGACCAUUAACGUUGAAUUUUGUGCAGUACCCAUAUUUUUAUGCUUCAUUCUGGUGCGAGCUUUAUGGAGACAUGGAGUCAACCGCUACCCACCGAGACCAUCUGACUGAUUAUGCCAUUGAGAAAUAUAUUACAUUUAACGAGGUUCACUGCCCAGAGAGCUGGAAGGGCGAUAGGGAUAUUAACAAAUAAAGAGGGCGUCUUCUGCCCAAAGCAGAUAGGGUACCGAGCCUUUUAUCAAAAGUGACUUACAUUGCAUUGUACUUUACCGUUGUUUUUGACUAUGUGCAAUCCCCUAUCGAACCUAUGCUCUAACCACUGAGCCACAGACAAACUGUUAUCGUACCUGUAUGGCAUGGAGUCAGUGAUUAAUAUUAAAAUGAUAUGAUCAUUUUCCUUAUCAUUUAAAUAAAAGUCUAACUCAAUUAAGGCAGACAUAAAAUAAUAGUGUAAUAAUUGUAUAGAGAGAUAUAUAAAGCAUCCAAAUUGUAUUAAGUUUUUUUUAAGUGCUUGUCCUGCAGAUGAUGACUGCUUAAAUUUGUCAUUGCAUUUAUCAUUCUAUAAUUACCAGGAAUCAGAUGUACAAGUUGGAUUUGCACUAAAAGAUGAAUCAAAGUUUAAUUAGACUUAGAAUUUAGAAUUUAAUUGAUUUCAGGACUGUUGGUAAUUAACUCGUCUUUUAACCAUUAUGUUUGCCACUGACAAAGGAGUUAAAUUCCAAUGUUUUUAAUGUAUGGACUAUCACACCACUCUAUAAUUAACAUAAAAAAAAUCGACGUUUAAAAAUAUCCAGAAAAAAUGUAAUGGACCUGCAUUGGCUUUUUUUCGAGGUUUUUUUGCCCGUGCAGUACGGACGUGUUGCAUACAUCAUUUAAGCACUUGUUAAGAAGACAGGUCAUUGUUAAGCAUUUACAGAAAAAAAUAUUCGUUGUCAUAUUUUGUGAAAAUUAUUUGUCUUUUUAGCAGAACAUUUUGUGUCUUUUCUGCGGCCUUUUUAAUAUUGUUGAGAAAAAAUAUUAAUUGAUACAAAUUAAAGAGACAACGACUUAUUGAUGUUAGUACCUGCACACACUAUAUGCGUUUGAUUCUUUGUUUUUACAAAACCAAAGGUAUGCCUAUCAUGUUGGUAACUCUUUUAGUUUAAACGUGACUACUAGACACCUGUCUUUUUUUGUCAGAGAUCAUGUAGACUACAUGUCCUUUAUAUAAUAUUUUUAUUAGCUACACCUCAAAGCAAAGUUUUUGAAAGAAGAGAAUGGCACUUAUGUUACUUUUCCUAAAAAAAAAUGAUUGAAUAUCUAUGGCUUCUGGUUCACUUUAACUUCGACUUGUUUAGCGCUUUAUGUUAUUAAGUACCCAUAGCAACACCUUAAAGUUUUGUCGUUCUGGAUAGAUCCCAGAUACCUGUGAUGGAUUUCUACUCAAUGUAUGACAGCUUGGGUUCAUGAUAAAUGUCUUUUCUAUUGUAUGGAGAGUGCACAAUGGGUUUGUGAUAUUAACUGUGUGCAGAUGUGAGGGUGUACCUAAGACAAACCAGGGGCUUUUACAGUCCUGCAACGGUAUAUGGUUUACUUCAUCAUAUAGGCUUAUUCCAAAAUCUUAUAUUGUGUUACAUAAGUGUCCAUUAAAAUGUUCCAGAUGGGAGACAUUUAGCCAUUAUCAAUAAUCCCAUGCAGUAUAGGCCUACUUCAGCAUAGUUUACAACAAACAACUGUAGGACUACUUUAUUUUUACAAAAGUGAAUUUACUCAAAAAUAAAAAAAAUAUAUACAAUUAUAUUUUGCCCCUAAAUUAUAGGCCUGGGCCAAAAUAGAAUGACUCUAUGGUUUUAUACUUCAUAAACGAUAGGACAUUUAAGAAAUCCUUUAAAAAAGGAUUCUCCUCAUAAUGCUCUUCUGUUAACCUAAACGAAUCUGUUAACUAUUUAGGCUAUAAUAAACUAAAAUAAUUUGACAAACCAUUGACACAGCUGUUGUGAUGGACUUUGAAGAAGAGCUAAUGUGUGGCCUGUUUAAGAUUUAAUUAUUAGGCCUAAUGUGGGGAAUAUUUUAAAAGUAUAUGCCACUUAUUAUAAACACCCUUGUCAUUGUUUUGUAAUGUUAAGAUAUACAUAUUAAUAACAGAUCAUUAAUACCCAGGGAAUAGAAAUAAGGCAUAUAAUUAAUUUAAUAUUAUUCUUAUGUAGGCAGAAAACAUGUUUAUGUCAAUCACACUAAAGAAUAGGAUAAUGCAGUUUAAUUGAUUGGCAUGAUAGUCUAUGUUUUAAAUACUUUUGAAUGAUUAAUUAAUACAUUUUAUAAAAAUGAUUAAUGUGUGGUGAAUAUAUGUUCAUGCCGUUACACUUAAUAAAAGGGUUUGAAUUUCAUGCUGCUAACUUUUUAAUUGUUAUAAUCAGUGCAACAUUAAAGU